UCUGCAGCAGAACAACCGCAACCAGCCAGAGCUCCAUUCUUCAACAUGCAACGUGGAGGAGACGGAUUUCAAUUUUUCUCUUAGUAAUAAUGAAAUAUAGUUAUAAUUAGCUAGCAUUAGGCCCCCAAGGGGUCUGUAGAUAGAAAUACAUUAAAAGCUGCUAUUACAAAGAAGGGGAAAGGAGAUAGCAAUGGAAUCAGCUUCUUUAAAUGAAAUUAAAGACCAAGGUGUAGACGACACGAUUGCUCAUGUAGAGGAAAAGAUUCAAACUGUGGAACUUGACCAUGGUGUUGAAAAAACAUCUGAAUCAGUUAUUGAAAAUACAGUAGUUGAACAAGAAAAUGUAGAUCAAAAAGACAGAAUUUCAAUUGAUGUUGAGAGUAAAAUUGAGCUAAGUACAGAGGACAGAAAGCCAGAGCAUAAGUUAGUAGAAAAGGCAAAAGAGGAAGAUACUGAAGAUGCAGUUUCUUCAGAGAAACUAAGCAAAGCUAUGGUAAUUGGAGAUGCAGAAGAAGGAGAGUUAGAUUAUGAAGAAGAAGUACCAGAGGAAGAGGUAGCUGAAGAAGUUCAAAAAAUGCGCCAUGAUAAAGAUCAGUCUUGCCUUGAGGAUGGAGAAGUUGUAGAAGAAAAGGAAGGUAUUGCUGAAAAGGAAGAUGAAGGCUCUGAAGAAGGGGAGAUUGUCUCAGAUGAUGAUGACGGUAACAAGGUUAUAAGCACAAAACAGGACAAAGAAGAAGGGGAAGUGAAUGAUGAUGACUUGGAAGAGGGUCAGCUUGAUGAAGAACUUGACAAAGGGCCCAGACCAAGAGUCCUUUGCAAGUACUAUGAAGCAGGUACUUGCAGAUGGGGAAUAACAUGUAGAUUUUUGCAUCCUGGAAUCAACGACAAAGGUAAUUAUGUAAUGCAUCGUCCUGUUGGAAUGUACCCAACUGCUUUCGGAAAGCCACCUCCUCCCAGCGAGCUUGGACCUCUGAACAACAUGGUACCACGAGGACCUCCGAUGCCUAUUAUGCAGCCAACUGGAUUCGGCGAUAAUGCACAUAUUCCUGUUGAAUUGGAGAUCUUGCUACCAUCACAGCCAAGAAAAGAAACUGCUUGGGAACGAGGAUUGAAGAAAGCAAAGGAGAUAAAGUUAACUUCGAUUAAAAGAAAGGAAGAGGACGAAAACUUUGAAGAGAAGCGUAUAAAUCUGAGCAUAAAGGAGAAUGAUACAGAAAGCGAAAGGCCGGUUGCUGCCAGACGGGAACCAUGGAGACAUGCCACGGAGAGAGAUGGUCAGGCGGGUGCGAGGCCAAGACCAGUGGAUCUGAGGCCGGAUAUAAAUGAAAGACGUUUUAGUAGAAACAGAAAGACGCCGCCUAGGCGUUAUGACGGGGAUAGAGAAAGGGGAAGUAGAUCAUAUGAAAAAGACAGAGACAAAUUUCGCGAUAUGGAUCGUGAACGGUAUUUAAGGAUGCGAAGAGAAAGAACGCCUCCCUCCCAUGAACGGAGAGGCAGAGAAAGAGAACGUGACAAGCCAGAUUUAAGACGGGAAAAGCGAAGCGAUGUCAGAGAGAAGAUUCCAAAGGGCUCCCAGGAGGAACUGCCGAAGGAACAGGCAAAAGUCAAAACAGAGCAAAUCAAAGAGGAACCUAAAAAGGGACCUAUUGAAGAAACGGGACAGAAUGUUGAAGUGGCUGUUUCCCCAAAGAUGGACGCUGAACAAUGGGUGGAUCCGUGGAUGAGAAGGCAACCGGCACAGAAUCGAUCGCCGGAAAUCCGAUCUCCUGUUACAAAGGGUGAUGAUUUGAGUUCAAUCGGAAGCUCCGAAUCAGGAGAGGAUUCAGACAGUGAAGAAUCUGAUGAAUCUGGCUCCGAUUCAGAUUCAGAUUCAGGAGAAUCGUCCAAUGCUGGAGAAGGAAAUGAUGCAGUGAAAGAGCAGGUGGCUGAAUCCAAGCCCACUGCAGGGCAAGAGCCAAAAGAAGAUGCAGCUGUAACAGGACCAAAAGAUCCUCGCAUAGCUGCAGCUGCUCCAACUAGUAGCAUUACAGCAAAGUCAGACUCUGUUUCGUCUAAUGACAGGAGUAGGUCAUCAAGCAAACCCUCUCGGUCUGGCAGGGAAUAUCGAGAUCCGAUCAGAAAAAGGCAUGGAGACUCACAUAGGCUACAUAGAAGAGGACCCGAAGAUGAUCGAAGAGAUAGAGAUCGCAGAGACAGGUAUCCCCCAUCUGCUGUACCUCCACAUGCUUGGCAAGCUCAGUCAUCGAUGGAAGGAAGCUGGCCACGAAUUGGCUUCGGUCAGCACCCUGGAAAUGGAUACCGGGGGGAUGACAGGCCCCGUAGACCUGAUGAAGGCCCAAGGUUAAAAUCAGACAAAUAUCGCGGCGAUAGACCACAACCUUCCAGAUCACCACGUGACUCGUCCCAUUCUCGAAGGCGGGAUCCACGUGAAGGCCCGAAAGAGGAAACUGACAGACGGAGGGCGGACGGAUACCGAACACAGAGUCCGAAGCAAAGGGAUCCUCGGCUGGCAGACACAAACAGACAGCGAAAACGUGACGAGGAGCGCCGCACGAAAGAGGAGAAUCCUGCUGACAAGAAAACACCUCUUGAAAGUGUAAAGCAACCAGUUCCACGAGCAGAUGCUACCGCUGACACCAAAGAUGAAAAGACAACUAAAAACAACAGUGAGGCAAGCGAGGACGAGUUCCGCUCGCCUAAGUACGGUGCAGGCUCAGGAUCCGAAAGCGAAUCGGGAUCGGAAAGCGGAAGUGAAUCUGAAAGUGGGAGCGAGGCUGCUUCGGACAGUGACAGCGGAAGCGCUAGUGGAACUCCGAGCGAAAAAUCCGGAAGUGAAUCAGGAGAAGAAGGAAGUGGAAGUGGAGAUAAUUCCGAUUCUUCUGACUCGGAUGCAUCUACGUCACGAAAAAAGGAGAUCGAGAGGAAAAAGAAAGACUUUGAGAUGGUCUUGAAUCAGACGAAAAGUUUAUCAAGUUCACAAAAAAGCAGCAAGUCUAGAACAAGUUCAACAAGCAGAGAAACGACGGAUCAGCGUCCGCAGGCCGGACAGAAAAGACCUGCGUCCGAACAAGAAAGCUCAACUUCUUCUCCAAAAGCUGCACUAAGUAAGACAUCGGCAAGGAAAGAUGAAUUGUUGAAAGAACUUAAAGCAAUAGAAGAUGCUAUCGCACGCAAACGAGCCAAAAUCGAAUGAUAAACGAUUUAAUAUGAUUCAUAAAACAUUUAUUAAACAUGUCAUUUCAAAGGAUUGCAUCCGGCGAAAAGCAUUUGACACCCGUAAUUAUUGCACAGGGUUUGAAAUUCUUGCUGACAGGCAAAACCUGUGUUCUAAUUCCUUUUUAUCUCAAGAAUAAUGUCGUGAUAAAAACACAGGCAGUCAGCCAAAUACAAAUGAUUUUAGUCACCAUUUUUGGCCAGGUGCUAGAUUUUUCGGGUCGAGGUAACAAGGCCAAAUUCUGGGUUUGUAGUAAUUAGAAAUGACAGAAAAAUAUAUUUAACAUACAUUUAGAAGCUAUGAAAAAUUAUUUGUCGAUAUUUUCAGUGCCUUUCAGGAUGGCUGAAGCUCUUCGAUGUUUUUUCAGUUUGAGAAAAUAUCGGUAUAAUAUUUGCAGAAUUUUUUGCUUUAAAUUUUCGUUUAUGCACAAAUGCACAAAGACACGAGUAAUAAGUGUACCUUCUGAAUACAUAAAUGAAGUUUCAUCAGUUUAUCAUACAACCAAAGCUUAAUAAAACUCAUAUAAGGAAAAUCUUGAAAGCAGGCCUUACCUUUUCGUCACUGAGUAAAGUUUCAUUUGUCAUAAGUUAUCCACAUUUUGUAAAUCGAAACUGUUAAGAAUUAUUGAUCACUUGUAUCAAAUGAUAAAUGCCAAAUCGUAAAAUAAACAUUGCAGCUAUUUUUUGUUGUAUAGUGCAGGUGAAAUUCCUCUUUCAGGAAACAUGUACAUGUAUAACAAAAUUUAAAAACUUGAAAAGUAAAUAA